AUGGGUAAUGGUAAGAAGCUGUUUGUAACUGUUGGAACUACAAGGUUUGAAAAAUUGGUGUAUAGAAUUACAGACGAAUCUAUCUUAAAACUUUUGGACAAAUUGGGUUUCGAUUUUGUACAGAUUCAAACUGGCAUUGAAUUAUUACAGAUAUCAAUUCAUGCCGAUUUAAAGCACGCUAUAUUUAAAAAAUUUAAUUCCACAACUGUAAAAUUUAAGGGUGACUUAAAUUUAACGUUGAAAUAUAACCGACACUUUGAAGAGUUCGAUGAGGAGAUUAAAAAGGCCGAUUUAGUAGUUAGUCAUGCAGAUGCUGAAUCUUGUUUAGCUGUAUUAAAGCAUAAUAAACCAUUACUGGUAGUUAUUAAUGAGGAUAUGACGGAUAAGCGUCAAAGUGAACUAGAUGAGCAAUUGAAAAAAAAUGGGCAUUUAUAUUAUUGCACUGUUGAUAAUCUUGAAGAUGGUUUGAUUACUGCUUUAAAAACAUCCCCAAAAACAGAUGAGAGUUUGUUUGCCAAAUAUUUAGGCAAAUGCUAUGCUUUCUUCAAUAAGUAA